AUGGGAGGGUACUACUUCCGCCCCGGCACCGGCUCAGGGCGCUGCAAGUGGCACGUGUACCUUCCCGGGGGUGGUUGGUGCGUCACUGUUGCGGAAUGUGUUGAGAGGGCGGGCACAGGAUUCGGGUCCACAAGAGGAUACCCAUCCACCCCAGCAGCCGAGCGUGGUUUGGCGGCUGUGCUCGAAGACCUCCAGCACCACCGUGGAUUUGGCGCUGCCUCCCAGAUUUUGCUUUCGGGCAGCUCGGCUGGCGGGCAGGCCAUGGCAAACCUCUGUGAUUGGCUGGCCUCGUCUUUCCUAUCCGCGUCCAUCCGAUGCCUUGUGGACUCCGGCUUCUUUCUUGACACGAGGGAUCGCUUUGCAAGCGGCCCCGUCGCCGCCCCUGGAGGCCCCGUCGCCGCCCUUUGCAGCCACCUCGCCACCCUUAGCGGCCCCGUCACCGCCCCUAGCGGCCGUGUCGCCGCUCUUCGCGGCCCCAUCGCCGCCUCUACCGGCCCCGUCGCCGCCUCUACCGGCCCCUUCACCGCUGAGCCGCCCAGCAGAUGA